UGUUUUCUUCUAUUUGGUUUUUGGGGGUUUUAGGCUUUUCCUCUCCGGUUAGUUGUUUGAUUGGAGGAGGUCGUCUCUCCCCCUGUUUUCUCGCGCGCUUUCCUCCAUUCUUUUCUCCUCUCUAGAAGACCAAGCGAAAAGAUGGUACUUGGGAGCUUCUCCUUGCUGAAUUCUGCCGACUGGCUCUGAUUUCAGGGGUUUGAUUGAGGGGAUUCUGUAUUCCAGGGCAUCUGGUUGCGGACUGCGGUCGUAAAGGAGGGAGCUUUUUAUCGGCUCUUCCUUUGAAUUGCAGUCGAUUGACGACUGAUGGAUGAAAUUAUGGAAAAUUUAUAGCUCUUUGGGGAAAUCCCGCCAUUUGAGAUUCAAUUUUGGCCUUCGGGGGUUGGGUUAACUUGGCAACAUGGAUUUGAGGGCAGGUGUAGAGAAUGGAAGUGUUGGGGGUGCUUCCGAAGCAAAGGAGGGGUUUUCACGAAAUAAAUUGAAGAGUUCUGCGAGCUUGAGUAACAAGGACAUGUUCGUGAGAGCUGAUAAGAUUGACCUCAAGAGCUUAGAUAUUCAGCUGGAGAAAACACUUUCAAGGGUGUGGAUCAAGGAUAAGAGUGGUCAUCUAAAGCCCAAAGAAGAAUGGGAGAUUGAUCUAUCUAAAUUGGAUAUAAGGUAUGUUGUAGCUAAAGGGACCUACGGUACUGUGUAUCGUGGCACUUAUGAUGGCCAAGAUGUUGCAGUGAAGUUGUUGGACUGGGGAGAAGAUGGGUUUGCCACUGAUGCUGAAACUGCUGCUCUCCGAACAUCAUUUCAGCAGGAGGUUGCUGUUUGGCAUAAGCUUAAACAUCCAAAUGUUACUACGUUCAUUGGGGCUUCAAUGGGUACCUCAGACCUCAGGAUUCCACAAAAGAAUGCUACCAGCAAUGACCGCAGUUCCCUUCCAGCUCGAGCAUGUUGUGUUGUUGUGGAGUAUCUUGCUGGGGGAACAUUGAAACAAUAUUUAAUAAAAAACAGGAGAAAGAAACUUGCCUAUAAGAUUGUCAUUCAACUUGCAUUGGAUCUUGCUAGAGGAUUGAGCUAUUUACAUUCAAAGAAGAUUGUGCAUCGGGAUGUCAAGACUGAAAAUAUGUUAUUGGAUACCCAGCGAAAUCUUAAAAUUGCCGAUUUUGGUGUCGCUCGCGUUGAGGCUCAGAAUCCCCAGGACAUGACUGGCGAAACGGGUACCCUUGGCUACAUGGCUCCAGAGGUUCUUGAGGGUAAGCCAUACAACCACAGAUGUGAUGUCUACAGUUUUGGCAUAUGUUUGUGGGAGAUUUACUGCUGUGACAUGCCAUACCCUGAUCUCAGCUUCGUUGAAGUAUCCUCUGCUGUUGUUCGGCAGAAUUUACGUCCAGAAAUCCCUCGAUGUUGUCCAAGCUCUCUAGCAAAUAUUAUGCGGAAAUGCUGGGAUGCAAAUCCAGAUAAACGAUUAGAGGCGGAUGAAGUUGUGAAGCUCUUGGAGGCAAUUGACACCAGUAAAGGAGGUGGGAUGAUACCUGAAGAUCAGGUGGGUGGAUGCCUCUGCUUUAAUCGAACUCGUGGUCCAUAGCGUCCUUGCAUAAUAUAUGUUCGAGGUGCUUCGAAUGUGAUUCAAAUUUGGAAGUUAUUGAUAAUGAGUUUCAUAUUUUUGAGUUGAGAGAUCGAAAUAAGGUGACAUUCAUUAUUAAAUGUAAUCUUUUGACUUCAAAACUAUCGGUACACUUCAAAAUUGACAUCGCAUAGAUUGCUGGCCGUGAUCUUAUUGCCAUUGGUGUUUGUAAGGUGCACCUGGGAAAUAUAUCAUUCGUUAUUAAAUUGUAUUUCCUAAACCACAAAAUCUGAUCAUAAUGCUAAGGGCAUGUUGUUGU